AUGUCGUCCAUCUCGCCGACCAACCAAUCGUUCGGAGGAACAUUAGUAAAAAAUCGAUGCCCUUCCAGUACUUACCUGAAAACCCACAAGUAUAUUACCUUUUCCUAUGCUAUUGGUUCUACCACCUUUCAGCAAGGUAUGCUUGGUGAUGCCGACAGUUAUUUGGAGGGAACCGUUCACCUGCGAUACGAGAAACCUUGUUUUGUGAAAAACGUGAUACUUCAUUUUCGAGGUUCCGAGAAGACUUCCUGGUACAAAGCUCAAGCGAGAACCAAGGCCGUCUAUGCCGGUGAACAGGUAUUGGCUGACAAGACCGACAAGAUCUGGGAUAGCGAACAAGAACACCCUGUUACCAUAUUGGACAUCCCUUUCAAGAUUUUGCUUCCCUACAACUUACCAGAAACUGUGAAUACCGAGAUUGGUCAGGUUAAUUAUACCCUGCGCGUGGCUGUUUCCAAGAAAGGAAAUUUCGGAACCUAUUCCACCCAAGUCGCCGAAAUACAAUGCCCGUUGAAAAGAAUAUUGUUAUUGGAUAGUUCGAACGUUUUUCCCUUUAAAUUCCGGGGUGAAUCGAGAAGUGGAAUUGACUACAAUUUCAUUUUGCCUCCAAACAAAAAUUUCAAUCUGGGAACCUAUGUUACAAUCCCGAUGAGGAUAAGAUUCUUGCGCCAAGGUGUUAGCGUUGAGCGAGUUGAAAUUGCUCUGAAGACGUGCAUGGAUUUCAGGUGCGAGAACCCGAAUGAAACGCGUCACAUCAAGGAAACCUCGACCUCGAUGGUAAUUCCCCGGCAAGAGAUCAAAUAUGUCCAAUCAAAUUCUCAGCAUUUCGAAGGCGAAUGCAUUCACACAAUUAAUCUAUUUGUUCCGCGAAGCGUUCAACCAACCUAUUCCGGUCGCUUCAUAAGCGUCAACCACCAAUUCUGCGUAAAGUUUUGCCUGUGGGGGGCGGAUAAUGAUUUCCAGGUGGAAGAAAGCGUCAGGGUUGCAAACAUUCACGAGAAAUGCGUGGAAUCCGCUUCCCUGCCACAACCUCCAUCCCCACAGUCGCAAACGCCCACCUCUGCUCGCCAACAGCACAGGCAACCUCCUGCCAGAAACAUCACAACUCCUUAUCCCAAUGUCACUUACGAUGACGACAACGAAUCUUACAUUUCCUCACAAAACUACGACCUCGAUCACCGAGGCGCAGAUCGUGAAUUUUUAAGUUCACAUGAUCAAUACGAAACACAAACAUAUCAACGAAACAAUAAAAGCGGGCCUGGAUCGCGUCGUCCGUCACAAGCAUCGUCAGCCACCCUGAUGAUGGAAACUCCUCCGCCAUUUCCCUAUAACGUGGCAUUAGACGGGUAUGAUCAACUUUUUUCCUCAUAUGGUUUUAAUACUGAAAGUGAUGAUUUGUGGUUAAGGGAAAAAUUACAAGAGUUAGCCAUUAUUCACCAACAUCGUCAACACAACAUAUAUUCACACAAUAGUAAAAGCCCAGUAUAUAUAGCUCCCAAAUCUCCUCCAAUGCAACCUCCUCCACCAACUCCGCCCAUUUCCGUGAUCAAUAAUCUGUACAAAGAAAUGUCCGGUCAUCCUAUGAAUUCUUCGAAGCUACCUCCUUAUGAAAAUGCCGCGAAUUUGGAAAAAGGUUACCACCCAUCCUCAAAUAUGGAAAAGGAAAGUUCUCAGAUAUCCGUUGAAAGCGAUCUUACCCAGCAACAUCCGUCCUUAAAUAUCGAAAAGGAAUCUUCACAGAUAGAAAAGGAGCUAUCCCCAAGACUACUUCCCACGUUGAACUUGGCUAAUUUGCAUCACUCGCGACCUUCCACUCCAUCCGUAAGGUCUGCAACUCCCAGUCAAUAUCCAAGGAACGUGACUUCUCCACCUCCCUAUCGUGGUCACCCCACCUCCCUUAGGUCUCAUCAAUAUGUUGAAGCCUAUACUUGUGAUUUUGAUUCAUGA